GUAGUGCGUUGAUUUGCGUUUUAUCUUUAAACAGUCUCAGCAAUUCUCGUUCCAUAAAUUUUACCCGUAGGCUGUCAUUCUGUACCUCCUCUUUUCCUCCCCAAACAAAGUUGUACACUAGCACACACACACACACACACACAAACACACACACACACACACACUCACCCCGAGCAGUCGGCGAUGAAACCAACCUCGCAUCUCCUAGUGACGUAGCCUAUCACGCGCUAAGUAGCAAAGUGAGCCAGCCACGGCACAGACAAAAUUCCAAAGAGCAAAAGUGCAAUAUCUUGGUAGUAGAGAAUCUUUGGCAAUACGGCACGGAAUUGCGUGCAUAGCAAAGUAUGAUGAUACCUUGCAAGCAAUUGCGUGUGUGUAUAGCAAAAAAUGUAUAGGCCUAUAGUCACACCUAAAACUGAUGCUUAGCACACUGGAAAAAUCUAACAAAAUGUGGCAGUUUGGCUUCCUGGUAGCCUAUAAAAAUAUUUAUAUAAUUUUUGCACUCACGCUGUGGCAUCGAUAGGCAUAAAUCAUAAAAAUAAAGGCAUCAACAUAUUCUGAUGUCUGACUGUAUCGAGAUUUUUUGUUUCAUUGGUUGCUAACAUUCAUGAGGCUACUAUGCUAGUCUUACACUAUCCUUAUAAUGUGUCAAAGGCAGGACGAUGUGUAUCUGAAAUAAGUCUUCAAAAUUGUAAAAUAUAUAAUUGGAGAUAUCGCUCAUUUGUAUUCUAUUCCCACUCAACAGCAAGACCAACGUAGGAUGCUGAUGUGCAUCCCAAUAAUUUUCAUCAUGACAGAGUGACAUGUUGUUCAAUUACAAAUUUCAGCUCAGCCAUGUAAAGUUUAAAAGAAAAGCAUUUUAAAUUGAGGGGCAAAUUUCAAAAGUAAUAAAUAUUUCUUAGAAUCAUUAAAUUAUGUGUGUUACAUUGAAUGCUGCCUUUGGAUAGCAGCAUAGUUAGUUGUUGUAUCAAGUUGAUAUUUUGUUGAGGUGGCACUGAGUCUGGUCUAAUCAGAUACAACAUAUAGGCUAGCAUCAGGUCUUGUUCUGUAUUGUGAUUACAAAUAUUUAUUGAUUCAAUAGCAGCUGGCAGAGUAGAGAGGGAAUGACAAAGUAGCAUCCAGAUUUAGGGUUGGGGCUUUUUUUGUCAGUAGUGAAGACCUUCUUUUACAGGUUGGCAAAGAAGGUUAUUAUAGGCAACAAAAGUACAUUCACUGCACUGCACAUGAGCAUGAAUGAGAGGUACGGUACAAGAACCAUUUUGUUUAUUGGGAAACACACAAGUUAGAUGUUGAAAUCAUCUGAUAGUUUUUUUCUGUGUAAAUUCUGCCCAGUUUCCUUUCUUUUUUUUUAACUUCAUUUUUUAUUAUUUCACUUUAACAAGUGGUCCAUUGAUGUCUGGAGGGGUACUCUGUACUUGACAUAAAAAAAAGUCAGUGAUGAAAUUUGGAUUGUUUCCCAUUGACGAGACUCACACCUUGUACCUGUACGAUGAAGAAGACAGUCAUUUGUGAUUGCCACAGUUCUGUCAAUAUGAAGCAUUGAAUUAGGUUGAAGCCCCAGUUGUCUGUUCUUUUAUCCUUGUAGCCAUGCAUAAAAAUAGGUGUGGUGUCCGUUUGAGGGCUCUGACUUAUAAUCUUGUUACGUUAAUGGCCAUGCAUAGUCAUUUCUUAGAGUUUUGAAUCAGAAAAGAAUAUAUAUGCCUGACUCGGGCAUUAUUUCUUUUCAAAUGACUAGAUUCCAAUGUUAAUGCAGAAUGUUGCAGUUGGCUUUCACUUUCAUAAAAGGGCUGCUUUUGAAAGUUUUUUUUUGUGUGUGUUUUACCACACUCACAACUGCGUGCUAGGGUACCACACUAAACCACACCACAUCACACCACUCCAAACGACAUUGCACCAUUGCAGUAGCAUAUUAAAUUAUACAAUACCAGUCAACCAAGCAUAGUUAUCGGGUCACAGACCUGUUUGCAACUAUCAAGACGCUAGGCAUGUAUGUAGUGUAGAGCAGUGUAUUUGAGUUAUAAUGUGGUUUGAAAUCUACAGUGCCCUGUUUGUUGAAAGGAGAGAAAAUUGGUGAUAAGAAACCAGUUUGUACCAGUUUGAGGAGACUUCAGAUAACAGAGGUGCUCGAGGGUCACAAAGUUGUGUAUGGAACUGACUAUGUUAGAAGGGUGAUAAUGCAGAAAGGCAUUUGUCAGCGAGCUCAAUUUGGCUCCCAUGCUGUUUGUCCUUUUGCUGGGUACUCUUCGUAAUAUGGUUGUCUCAGAAAAAUGUCAGUCAAGGUUAUGGUUUUUUAACCCUGAGCCAGAUUUUAUCAGCUUGUUCUAGCCAAUGCUAAAACUAAAAUCGUGUCCUGUCCAAUCAAAACUCUCCUCGGUGGAGGUGUGUCACUCUUGCUUGUCUGGCAAGGUGUUUACUGUUACACUGACAGUAGUCGACGUCUGUGUUGUAGGAAGGUCCUGCAAUUUGUUGUGCUUUUGGUGAGGUCUGUCGGGUCUCCUCCUUGCGUCCACUGCCUGCCUGUGUGUGUGUGUGUGCCAUAUAUCGACACGUCCGUUGAUUGAUUGUGUUCACCGGUUGAGUAAAUCUUCCGAUACAGUUUUUACAAGUUGACGUGGAUCGAGGCCUGGCCAUGAAGAUCGCAGUGAUUGGACAGAGUGUCUUUGGGGCAGAAGUGUUCAGACUUCUUCGCAGAAAUGGCCAUGAAAUUGUCGGUGUUUUCACCAUUCCAGAUGCCAAUGGCAAACAAGAUCCUUUAGCUGCAGCAGCUGAGAGUGAAGGUGUCAAAGUAUUCAAGUACAAGAGAUGGCAGAUCAAAAAGCAGGCGAUCCCUGAAGUGCUGGAAGAGUACAAGGCCCUUGGCGCUGAGCUCAAUGUGCUUCCCUUCUGCUCCCAGUUCAUCCCCAAUGAGGUCAUCUAUUUCCCCAGCCACCAGACCAUCAUCUAUCACCCAUCCAUCCUGCCCAGGCAUCGCGGAGCUUCUGCAAUUAACUGGACUCUGAUGUGUGGAGACAAGAAGGGCGGUUUCGCUGUGUUCUGGGCUGAUGAUGGCCUUGACACGGGACCCAUCCUGCUGCAGCGCCAGACCUACGUCGACCCAAAUGAGACCGUGGACUCUUUCUACAACCGUUUCUGCUUCCCUGAGGGCAUCAAGGCAAUGGGUGAAGCUGUCGAGCUCAUUGCCACAGGCCGGGCACCACGCAUUGUCCAGCCUGAGGAAGGCGCCACCUACGACCCAAUGAUUAAGAAGGACAAAGUUCAGAUUAACUGGGAUCAGAGUGCUCAAGACAUUCACAAUUUCAUUAGGGGAAAUGACAAGGUUCCUGGAGCCUGGACCAAGAUUAAUGGAGAGCAAAUUACAUUCUUCGGAUCUCGUAUGUGGAAGCGCAUGGCCCCAAGAGGUACUGAGAUUGCCAUUGAAGGUGCCAGUAAGCCAGCCAUCGUUCACAAGAAUGGAAUGAUUCUUUUUGGGAAUGAUGGGAACAUGUUGAAUGUGACCAAUGUCCAGCAUCAGUCUGGCAAGAUGGUGCCGGCCUCCAAGUUUGGCAAGGAGGAUGCAUCUACUCAGAAGUUGGAGCUGACCCCUGAAGAAGUUCAGAUGGGGGUCACUCUCAAGAGUGUCUGGAAAGGAAUUUUGAACACAGAGAUCGAGGACAGCCUGGACUUUUUCAAAGCAGGGGCAGGUUCAAUGGAUGUAGUACGUUUGGUGGAGGAGAUCAAAGAGACAUGUGAUGUGAAAGUGGUCGUUGAGGACGUGUACAUGAACACAGUGUUUGAGGACCUGGUCAUGUGUGUCAUCAAGAGAGGUCGUGGCAUUGAAGACAAAGAGCCAUUCACAUUUGAUGCUGUUGAGAUAGAGGCCAACAAAAUGAAACUGAGCUUCCCUCAUCAAGUGUUCAUUGAUAACGAGUUCAUGGAUGCCUCCGACGGUGUGACUUACAACACGGUCAACCCUGCUGAUGAGUCUGUGAUAUGCCAAGUCAGCAAAGCCACCAAGGAUGAUGUAAACAGAGCUGUAGAGGCAGCAAAGGAAGCCUUUGAGGAAGGAGAGUGGGGGAAAAUGAAUGCCCGUGACCGAGGGCAGCUCAUGUACAGGCUGGCGGACUUGAUGGAGGAACACCAGGAGGAGCUGGCUACCAUAGAGAGUCUGGACUCUGGAGCUGUCUACACCCUGGCUCUCAAGACACACGUGGGCAUGUCCAUACAGACCUUCCGAUACUUUGCUGGCUGGUGUGACAAGAUACAGGGAAAAACCAUUCCCAUCAACAAUGCCCGGCCAAGCAGAAAUCUCACGUUCACCAAGAGGGAACCCAUCGGAGUAUGCGGUAUCGUGGUGCCCUGGAACUACCCUCUCAUGAUGUUGGCCUGGAAGAUGGCUGCGUGCCUGGCUGCUGGAAACACUGUAGUACUCAAACCUGCAAUGGUGACCCCUCUGACUGCCUUGAAGUUUGCAGAGCUCACUGUGCUGGCUGGCUUCCCACCUGGUGUCAUUAAUAUUUUACCAGGCUCAGGUUCCCUUGUUGGUCAAGCCUUGUCUGACCAUCCCGAUGUGAGAAAGCUGGGCUUCACUGGCUCCACACCAGUGGGGAAAACCAUCAUGGCCAGUUGUGCAAAGUCAAACUUGAAGAAAGUAUCUCUCGAGCUGGGCGGCAAGUCACCACUGGUCAUCUUCAGCGACUGUGACCUUGACAAGGCUGUGAGGCUAGGCUGCGGAGCUGUCUUUUUCAACAAAGGAGAGAAUUGCAUUGCGGCAGGCAGGCUGUUUGUGGAGGAGUCGAUACACGAUGAGUUUUUACGCCGAGUGCUGGUGGAAGUUGAUAAGAUGAAGAUUGGCAACCCGCUUGACCGCUCCACUGACCACGGGCCCCAGAACCACCGAGCCCACAUGGAGAAGCUUGUGGAGUACUGUGCCACAGGUAUCAAAGAAGGGGCGACUCUGGUACGGGGUGGAGGACAGGUGAAGAGGCCAGGUUUGUUCUUUGAACCCACCGUGUUCACUGAUGUGCAGGACAACAUGAUGAUUGCCAAGGAGGAGUCGUUUGGGCCAGUCAUGAUCAUCACUAAAUUCAUUGAUGGAGACAUAGAGGGCAUGCUCCGCAGUGCCAAUGACACUGAGUUUGGCUUGGCAUCCGGUGUGUUCACCAAAGACAUUGACAAGGCCAUGCGAGUGGCUGACAAUCUGCAGGCUGGCACGGUGUUCAUCAACACUUACAACAAGACUGAUGUGGCAGCUCCCUUUGGUGGAUUCAAACAGUCCGGCUUUGGGAAAGAUUUGGGUGAAGAUGCCCUCAAUGAGUAUCUCAAGACCAAGACUGUCACCAUGGAGUACAGCUAAGACCAAGAACUCAUAAUCUAACUCAGACAUGACAGAAAGUUUGCCAUCUCCACCACGCGGAACAGACUCUUUGUUUAGCAUUACCUUUCAAAUUAAGAUUUAUUUUUUUAACAUAUAGUAUUGUUUGUUUUGUGAGGUAUGCUUGUGAAUGUCUGAAAAUAUGGAUAAUGUAAACUUUGUUUUGACAGUGGGCAUUUUGAGUUUAAAAAAAACAACUUUACACAUUUAUGGCCCAUGAAAAGGUACAGAAGCUUUGCAUAAAAGUUUUAAAGACUUAAGGUUUUUAUUUCGGGUUAAAGAAAAUGUCUAAAGUUGCUCUUGAAGUUGAAGCCUUUACACCGGUGUGAUCAAUGUUCAGUUUUGUCUUCUCCCGACUCAGAAGUCUGAGCCAUAGCUGAAAUAUCUAGGCAAAAGUUUUCUUAUGAUUUAUGGUUCCAGAGUUAUAUUACUGAAAACCCAUACAUUUGACUCGAGAGCUGGACUAAAAAUCUUGUAGAUAUUUUCCGUUUGCUAUAAUGUUCCACCUGCUGAAUCGUAAACAAACAAAGAGAUUGACAUAUUCUGCCUACUGCAUUGUUGGCACUUUACUGUUGCCAUCCACGACAGACUGCACAAAGCGUGCCAGGACUGUUGAGGCUGUAUUUCAUGAAAUGAAAAUUCUUUACAAAGCCACUGGCAUCAGAUUCCUUUCCACCUUCUAGUGGCCUCAACUCAUUGUUGUUUUCAGGAGUCCAAUGAACUCCCAAAUGUUCAAGUCAGAAUAAAGAACUAUAUUCUUUAGAUUCCAGUGUUUGAAGGAAAUGACAAGUAAAUUAUCUGCUUUGCAAGCACCUUAUCUAUGGAACAGACCCCAGGGCCUUAUGGAAACUUGUGUAACGAUUUUGAUUUGAAGCGUUUCCCCAUUUUAACCUAAAUUGCUGAGUCUGACAAUGAUAUAGUCAUCUGUGUUUUGUUUAGAAAGACUGGUGCAGAUAUUGCCUAGAUAAGAUUUUCUUUUACAAGGAAUCUUUCAUGCCUGACUUUAUUUUCCUACCUUGGCUGGGAUUUGAAGGAACCCAAUAGACAAUUUAAUUUUUUUCCAAGCUCAAAUGCCCGGUUAAUGUACAUAUUAUAUGUGUAUAUAGAUGUAUAAAUGUCUCUUACUUAAUUGUCCACAUAUAUACAAAUGUCCGAUCCUAAAAAUGGGUACAUUGUGUUUUAAAAUUUUUUAAUAAAGGUUUAAAAACAGCUUUUGUUUUUAUUAGUGAAAGUGAAAGUGCAUGAAUUGAAAUUUAUCAGAGGACACCAGAUGUUUAAUGUAAGAAGUGAGUGACUCCAAACCCACAAAAUUGGUGGUAUUCCUCUCUUGCACUGGACUAAAGACAUCCGACUACCUGUGACCACCUUUAAUGGAUUUUUUUGCAUUAGACCGAUACGAUGUUCAGAUGAACGUUGUUGUACGUAGUAUGUAUACUACUAUCUAAUAAGAACAGUGCCUUAAAGUUCUGAAAGAUGGAACGUACAGAUUGAAAGGGUGGCUGUCAUAAAUGUUCAUGCAAGAUAAAUCUGUGUGGAAUUCUGUUGGUUGUUCUGUGGCAUGGUUCACCUGAGAUUUAGACAUCCGUGUCAGGAGUUUUUGUUGUGAUUUUUUUUUUCCAGUUAGAAUGUGUUACUGAUAAAUUGUAUUUUUCUCUUUUUUUCUGUUUUCAGAUUUUACUUUUGUUUUUUGUUCAGCAUUAGUGCAGUUUUAAAGCUGAUAUUUUGGCAUCUUAUUGGUUUUGUGUGUUUUGUGGUGUUUGGUGGUGUGAGAAUAAGACUAGAUCUCUUGGUACAAUGCUAGUGGCACAGAUUACAAAGAAUUGAUUUUUCUUUUUAAAAAGUUGAAAUUUUUCUGUUCUUUGUAGCAAAACUGAAUAUGUUUGCUUGUUUUGUUUUUUUAAUCAUUAAUUUUAUCCGUGACGAUUGCAGCUCUUUUUUGUGUGUGUGAAAAUGUACUCUUAAUGAGAGAAAAUUUGAAGCAUAUUUAUAUGAAACUAUUUUUCUAUGCUUUGUAGCAUAGAAUGUUUAAUGAAGUGUCUAGCAGGUCUUGAAAAUUAUAGAGAACUGCAGUCACUUUCUGGAAAAUCAAAUGAAUUUCUAUUUGUUUCUAAGAAGCAAGGGGAGAAAAAAAAUGAAGUCUUUUAUUUCAUAGAAAUAAUGAUACAAAUGAAGAGAAGUAGAGUGUGCUGUUUAUAAACCUUUUGCUUUGGUUUGAUUUAGUCCAUGAUGAUUGAACGUGAAUGAUUAACAAAAGUAAUUGUUGGAGGAAGGGUAUUACCCAAUAGUGCUGUGAAUGCUUUGAUUAAUUUUGGGAUUUGUGAUAAAAGUUAUAAUUUAUUUUGUUACUGAUUUGAUCUUUUGUUUUUGAGAUCAAAAUGAGUCAUAGUUUGAGGCUGGGGUCUUUUAAGACUCAUGAUGAAAGUUCUUGCAAAAUCCGUUGUAGGAAAUAAAUGUGAUUAAAGUGGUAAACAACAUUUUCUUUACUAUGUUACUUUGAACAAAGUAUUAUGUACAGACGAGAUUUUCGUUUUUGGUUCAAACAAGGUACAUGUGAUAGAUAUCCACCUUAGAAAUAUCCUAGUUAUGUUGAUAAGGGGUUUAUGUCUUAUUUUCUGGUUGCCGUUUAAGUAGUGAGAAUUGUUCGCCUUUGGCUCAACUCUACUUUCAUAAUGAUGACUGGCAGCUUGGUACAAUGUUGGACUAGAAUAGUUCUUUACUUCACAGUAAUACUUGACGACUUUGCUUAAGUGUGUGGUUAUGGGUGCUUCGAUGCUCUUGACUCUACUUCUUUUUAGUUUUUUAGUGUUACUAUUACCAAAUCCUUCUUUGUUUGUAUUAAAAACAAAUAAGACAUGGUCUUUUCAUCGUGACUGGUUAUAAACUACAGCCCAAUAUUGCCUCUGUAACUCUAAUGAAUUUUGCAAAGAGUGAGAUCACUAGUGUCCAAAUGGGGACAUAUUGUUUUAAUAGAUUGUUUAUUCAGCAACGACUUCACGACAUUUACAGUAGGCCUAUAUCAUAGGUGCAUUUUCUGAAGUACUGGUCAUGGCUUUAUUUUUUACUCUUGUGUUUGGUUAUUGUGGGCAUUUUCUUUGUGUGAAUGCAUUUAAUCAUCGUUGCAAUUUUUGUUUAUGGUAUCUUAGCUUUGCCAUGCCUUAACCAGUGGUGUUAAUACAAGGUAUUAUCAUGUUUUUCUCCGUUUCAUGAAAGAUAAAUGUGUACCAAGUGCUCAACGACUCUUUUUAUUUUGCAAACUGAAUGGUUUCUUUUACCUAUUUUUGUCCUCUGUUUUCUUAAAAAAGAACUGCCGAGUAUAUUUAUUGAUUUGUUCAGUGUAACGGUGUACACUGGAACCUAAAGGCUUACUUUAUAUAGCUAUUGUUAUUUCUUGCUUGUUUAUGGGUUCUUGUAGUAGGAAUGAUGUUUACAGAGGCUUCAAUUUAUUUUAGUUCUGAUUUAUUUUGAAUUGCUAGUUUUAAUGUGUUGGAGCUGUCUUUCACAAACUCACAUCUGAAUGCAGGAAAUAAAAUGGUUUGCCACUAACUCACCUUUCCAUUACAAAAAAAAUGUAUUAGCAUAAAAAAAUGUCUCAUGGUCUCCAUUUCACUUUUUUUUUAAAUGUGUGAAAUAGUAGUUAUCAUAAAUAUUGUUGAUAAUAGACGUUAAGUUGGAUCACAGGGAGUAUGUGUCCUCAGGGCUUCAUUACUGCUGCAUGAUCAUGUAGAUGCUUGCUUAUUGGUUUCUUCUCUUUGUUUCUGAGCUCGCAAUGCAUAGAGGAUGCUUUUGUAGAGACUCAUAUUAAAUCUCAUAGAGGAAUGAAUAAAGUGUGGAAUAUCUAGAAG